AUGGGAGCCAGUUGGAUCAGAUUGUCAGUGCGAGUGCAACUUUGCAAACCAGAGAAAAAGCCCUGCCUAAAUGCCUUGGGAGGUUGGUCUGAGUGCACCAUUUGCUACAAUUUAGCUAGAUUAAAUUUCUAAAUUUGAUCAAUGAUAUAGUGAGGCUAUAAAAUGACACUUUAUCCAGUAAAUUUGAUUCAAUCUACAUGAAAUAAACCUCUGCAAUACCAUUUAUUAUUUCAUAUUCUUCUCCUGAAUAGAAAAUACUGGGCACACCCUCCUCAUUUCAUUGGAACUUGACAUUGUCGCUUUUUUGCAACAGGAUUGAGCAUUAUUCAAAAUGGAAAAAUUCCAACCUUUAUUGAUGGGGAAAUAAAGAAGAAAGUCUUCUCUGCUGAGGGGACUAAUGAAGCGUGUAUAUCCGAGUUGCAACAAGGUUUGAAGAAAGUUGGAAUAUAUCAAGUGAGUUUAGAACUGAUGUCAAAAAGUAUAUAUAAAAAUGUUGACUGAAAAGUGAUAAGCUGACCAGAGAAAUUAAGCCCCAAUUUCACCAAAAAGAUUAGAAAUUGUGGUUGGUAUCAACAAAAUUUAUCCAAUAUGAAAACUUUCCAAUAAUUAUACAUAUAUACAGUAGAUUUUGUUCUGCUGGGACCGAAAUUAUUUCCAUGCAGGUUGUUUCAAUUCACAGGUUGCUUCAGAGAACAAAUUAUAUAGUAUAUCUACACAAAAUAUAAGUUAUUCCAUUGCAUCUAUCUUUCUAGCUUGGCUGUAAACUUCCAAUAUUCUUGGAUCUUCUUAAACCUACCAGUACCCAGACCUUAACGAUGAGGAGUCUAACAAGCUUGUUGAAGACUACGUUCAGUGAAGAAGGGUCAAACAAGAGACAAUUCGAGAAUCAAAUCUACGCCGAAUUUCUUAAAUAUUUAAGACAAGUUGCAAGUAAGUAA